AUGCGUGUUUCCUCAUCUAUCUUCCCGUCUCAGAAUGAACUGAAGGCACUUUUGAGCACUGCUGGAAACAAACUUGUGGUGGUCAAAUUUUCCACAAGAUGGUGUGGUCCGUGCAAGGACAUUCAACCCCUGUUUAAUGCAAUGGUUCUGCAGUACCAGAAUGUACUGUUUGCUACUGUAGACGUGGAUGAUUCCUGGGAGUUAGCUGAAACUCUUCAGAUCAAAGUAAUACCUACUUUUCAGAUGUUCAAGUGUAAUCAGAAGAUAUAUAAACUCUGUGGUGCUGAUGCUAAAACACUGGAAGCGAAGAUUCGAGAACUAAUGUGA